UCAAAAUGGCAGAUCUUCCGGGUUAAUUUUUGAGUUGACAUAUUUUCAAGAUUCCGAUGGAAUGAGAAGGGGUGGAGAUACUUUCCCUGGAGCAGGGCCUGGCCGGAGGUCGACCGUUGCACGCAAUGCCUCAAGCCGAGCAGCUUUAGAUCAGGAUUUGGACUCUAUUCUGAGUGGUGGUAAUGAUGAUGAUAUAUUUGGUACAAGUGCUCAACAGCAACCAAAGGCUAAAGGGCAGUCUGGAACUUCAGGUUUUGCUAAGAAGGGAACACUGACGUCAGGUGCCACCGAUGAAGAUUUUUACAGUAGUCUGGCUCAAAUGGCUGGGAGUGACAUUGAUGAUGAGGACGAGUCACUGUCUGAGACAGAUGCCAAAAAGAUGGCUGACAGUCUUGCUGGUCUUGAUGACAUGGAAUCUGAUCUCUUUGGGGGAUCCUUAGGAAAGAAGAGUACACCAAGCAAACCACCAAAACCUGUUAAGGCUACAUCAGAACAGAAGAGGAUCAGCACUGACAAUAAACUACCCCCUGGAACCUCCCCUGUAACAGAGUCAGCUAAAUCCAAGAUCGAAUCUGUAUCAUCAUCCUCAUCUACAAAAACUGGCGAAGCUUCAGAAAAAGCAACUUCCAAGCAAGAUUCUGUGAAGGUAAAGGAAGUGAAAAAACCCAGGAAAAAGUUUGAUUUUGGAGAGUUUGAUGAAGAUGACCCCUUGGCUGGUCUAUUAUCUGAUGAAGAUGAAGACCCAAAACCCAAGCCGAAGCCUAGAAAGUCUACAGCAUCAAAGAGCACUGGUUCAUCUGCAUUAUCUAGUCAAGUUUCAACAGAAGAAAGACCAACAUCAUCCAGAGGGCGUAGGCCAGCCAAUCAGGAAUCAGCAAAUACACCAUCACCUCCUGUUACACCAGAACAUCAACCCGCCGUCAGGGGGAGCAAAGAUCAAGGUGAAACUGUAUCUUCCCCUCCUGGAUCACCAGGCAUAACGCCAGAUAAGGAGGAGGGAGAUGUAACACCCUCCCAAACUGCACCGCGGAACAAGGGACAAAGAAAGCCUGCUGCUGGUAAAGCGAAACCAAGUAAGGAAGAGAUCAAUUUUGACUCAGAUGAAGAUUUACCAGGUCUGGAUGACUCUAAGGAAAACACGCCUCGAGAUUCACCCACUCCUCCCGCAAGAUCAAAGAAAGAGCAAACCAGCAAACGGAAAACGCAGUACCCACCUGGGGAUAUAUUCGGUGAUGAUGAUGACCUUCCCGCUACCGAGACCAGAAGUGACAGCCCCACACAAGGUUCUCGAUUCAGCGAACUGCUCGGUAAAAAGGAAAAGGAAGAAACUAAAAAACAAGUUCCUAAAUCUUUGGACGACUUCAUGGCCAACAUAAGCACAAAGCCUCCGGCAGGAGGAGGUACAACAAGUAAGAAAGUUUCCAGUCCAACAUCUGAAGAUUCAUUCCAGUUUGGUGGUUACAUGCCAUCUGCAGCCUCCAGUGGUCGAUCGCGCGGCCGAGGGGGCCUGGCAAGACCAGACACAGCCCCUAGCUCCACCAAGCGUUCCGUGCGGUUUUCAGAUGACCUGGGACUAGAUGAUGAACUCUUUGGAAGUGAGAGGCCCUCCACAGCUCCGAGUCAAAGGUCGCCCAGAAAGCAAACAAAGAGAGAGGACAGAGAUGAAAACAUCAAUGGAUCGUAUUCAGACGAUAGAGACCAGAAACCAAAAGAAGACAGCAAGCCAACCAGAGGACAGGCGAAGAUUAGUGAAGAAACCAUGAUCGAACAAAAAAAGAAUCCACAGACUGAGAAACCAAAAGAUAACAGCACACCUGCUACACACGGAUCCAAGUCAAGUGGAGGCGGCGGAGGAGACUGGUUAGGACUGAGUGGAGGCGAUGACGAUGGAGGCCUGGAUCCUAGUAGUGCUCCUCCCAAAACAAGCACAUCAUUUCCUCAGGAGAGCAGAAAGGACACACCCAGCAAACAAGUCCCCACUGAACGUCAGGAGAGGCAACAAUCACCGCCGGGAAGAGCAGGCCGACGCCGGGGGGAUGGUGAUAGCGAUGAGUUCUUACGCAUGUUGGGAAUUACACCUGAUGAGCCACCAAAACCAACACCAAAACAGGUCGAGUCAGCUGAUGACAGUGGCAAGUCGUCUUUGUUUCCUUGGGAGUCCCCAGGGGGCAGUCCACGAAGAGGAAGGCGGUGGCGUAAUCAAUCUAGUCCGCAGUCCUCGUUUGAUGAACCAGACCCUGCAUCUACCCUGGGAGGACCCCUAGAUAGGCCACAUCAGGGGGGUCCCCUGGAAAAAGAUGACUUUGAAAAGAGUAAAAUGCAAGAAACACGUCAACAAUCCAUAAACCAACAUACAACAAAACUGCAAAUUGAACAGCAACCAGCCGCCGCAGAAAUUCAGACGAGAAGAGAAUCUCAAACAGCCGCAAUCCACGACAGUUCUUCUCCUGCGGCAGCUGUUCCACAAGCGCAAGUGCCACCCCCUGCGUCACGACCACAACAGCCUGGCCCUCGUUUCCCCCAGCAGUACUCCCUGCAGUCGUACACUACCCAACCCAUCCCCCAUGAAACUAACGUUCCACUGCAAGUGACAGCUCAACCUUCAGCUAAGCAGGUGUAUCCUCUGCACCAACAUCUCUCUGCUUCACAGGUCCAAACAACUCCUUUUACCUCACCUACCGGUCAAAAUGUCUCCCAGACCCUCUCCUACCAACCACAUUACCAGUCCCCAGCUGGAUUUCAACCAUCGCCCCAGGUCGUCCAACCGUCGUCGGUAGAAAGACUUGAAAUGUCAAAAUUGAAAGCCGAAAGUGAGCUGCAGCAGAAUAGACUCUUGGAAUAUGAACUGGUAAACGAACAGCACGUGCAGCAGAAGACAAGACUAGAAGAGGAAGUGAAGGAGCUUAUGAAAAAGGUGCAAGAGAGGGAAAAUGUUCGACAGAGAACUGAUCUGGACGCUUCCAGUAAACUGUCAGAGUUGGAAGGGAAGGUCCGCCGUUACGAACUUGAGCGGGAACAACUUCUGACUACGAUUGAGGCGUUGAAAACAAGACACAAAGAUGAACUGGCUAACAUAGAUGCCUCUCACAAAUCUCACUUGAAGACCUUGGAGGAGUCUUACCAUCGCCGCGAACAAAGGCUCCAAGAUGAAACCGACCUUAUUAUCAAACAAAACAGCGAGAAGCUAAAAACUUUGGAAACGGAGAAGGCUGAUAUACGAGCGGCUAGCAACCGAAAACUUUCAACGCUGGAGACAGCGAAAAACAAUGAGAUAGAAACGUUAAAAGACCUUCAUCGGCGAGCGAUGGAACAAUUACGUCACGAACACGAGGAUGAGAUGGCACAUUUCCGAAGGCUCAAAGAGCAGGAGGUGUCAGCGGCCACAAGUGCGCAUGCCCACACCAAGUCGCUUCAGUCCCUUAUGGACCAAGUCUUAAACUCGACUCGAGAAGUGAGUGACUUACGACAGAAGAUCGAGGUUACUCACAAAAGUGGUUUGGAAGAGCGCGAACUCUCCGCGAGGGCUCGGGACGAGUACCUGAAACAAUUGCAGGAAAGGUUACUACGGCAACAAUCUGAGAAUGACGAGGAGAGGACCAGGUUACAAGGCCUGGUCGCCAAGAUGGAGUUGCACAUGCGCGAGCAGUCUCGACAGGUCGAUCAAGAAAGAUGGCGUCUUUCUCAAGACGAGUCAAGAAUGAAAGCAGUUCAAGCCGCAUUGGAAGACGAGAGACGAAUCACAAUGGAACAGCUCUCCUUGCAAAGAGCUGAGAUUCAGCGCGCCCGAGAUGACCUCGUACGAGAACAAAGAACUGCUAUGAGUCAGAUACAAGAAGAGCGGCGGUCACUGGCCACAGAACGAGCCCAGCUCUCCUCCGCUCACAGAGACCUGAUCAGCAGAGAGAAAUUGAAGACUGAGACGAGCGUACAGGCUGAGGCUGACCUUGGAGCAACUGCAGUAAAGAUUAAAGAGGAUGCUGCUGCCCUGAAUGUACGGGAGGCUCAGCUGAAACAAGAAGAGGAGAGAAUGAGGAGAGAGAAGGAAGAGCUCGAGCGGAAGCGGAUUGGAUUUCAGGAAGAGAGAGACAGAGUCGGAAGGUUGGGCCUCGAGGUACAGAAGAGAUCACGAGAGAUCGAGGAACUUUGCACAGAUGCUGGUCGGGCGCGCAACGAGGGCGAACAGGCCCUUGAACUUGCAGAACGCGUGCGUGUUAAUGCAGAGGCUCAAAGAGCGGAAGCUGAAGGAAUGUUCCUGGUCGUGCAGGAAAAAGAACGACAAUUGGCACAGGAUCGUCUUGCUAUCGCUCACGAGCGGCGUAUGUUGGAGAAAGACAAGCAAUCAGGGCGAUGCUGGCAGUGUGAGGGACGGCGAACGAGUCCCGCUGAACAGAUCCAUGCAUCCCAAGUUUCAGUUUCGCCGGCAAUGGACUCGUCAGUCCACACCCACCUCUCCCUGCCCAUGUCUGUACCUGGGACUCCUGACUUAUUAGUGAACACUCUGGAGUUGAAACGGACUCUUCGGAAGUGGUCACAUGACAAAGAAAAGGAUGAAGAAUUCCUAGAACAAGAAGCGCAAUUUCUUAAUAGAUUACAGAAGUCACGUGACACCAGCAAAGUAAAGUCCAGUCUUCCUCUGAAUUGAAUUGUUUCUUAACGUGGUCAACGAUGUUCAUACUAACCUCCAAAUUAACAAAAACCGUAGAAUGGAAUGACAUCGAAGGUGAAAGAAUACUCCAAAAAGAAACGAGAACUUUAAAGCAUGGAGAAGAUUGUCAAGGACUGCAAAUGAGCACGUAGACCAAAUGUAGGCUGAAUAUCUGAAGUAGUGCAUACCCUGGCGUAGCCUUUUAAUUAAAAGCUGUGGACCUCGCUACAGUACUUAAACAACUACUUUUUAAAACUGUUUCUCUUUCUAUGGUAUUUUGGUCAGAGGAUUAACUAUUUUCAGGUACCUGACGUCACAUUACAAGAUUCACAUUCUAAUUUGUGGCUGUAGGACUGAAAAUUGUAAGAAUAAUUUGUACAGAUAAUCAUUCAAGGCAGAAAUGACAAUGUAAAGAUAUUUUCUUUGAAUAACAAACUGGUAAUAAAUGUAUUCGUAUCAAAACCUCUGGCAUUGAGUUAUUAACAUCAUUCUAGUGAAAUAUACAGCCUCAUUCCAUGCCAUCUUACUUAGUGUAAAACAUGCUACGAAGUAUAAAAGCUCUUCCAGUCGUCUGUAAACCAAUAGAAAACAUAAAAAUUAAAAAAAAAAGCGUCCUUUCUGUAAUGUGCCAUAUUCUUAUUUUACCUCCUCCCAACGAGGGAUCAUGUAACCCAUUUCUUACGUCUCUCCUACAUUCUCCUCUAAAAAUGAUUUCCUCUGAUUCCUCACGUAAAAUUUUGCGCCCCU